CGGAGCGGCGCGGCCCGAGCGCGGCGUGGUUAGACCCGAGGCGGCGGAGGCGGCGGAGGCGGCGGCCCGGCCGGGCUCGGGAGUGAGUGAGAGGGCGCCUUCCCCGCCCGGGAUGUGAGGACCGAGCGGAGCCCGGGGCGGGGGGAGGGAAGGGAAGGGAGGCGAAGCCGGCAGGAAGGAAGGAAGGACGGACGGACCAGGAGGAGGAGCGGCGGCGGCGGCCGGAGCCGGAAGGCGGGGAGGAGCCGUCCGUUGGGCCCGAGGCGGCGGCGGCAGCGGCCGGGGCGAACCGCUCUUGUCGCCUCUCGGGGCAGGAGCGGCGGGGCCCGCGCCUCCUCCCCCCGGCGCCGCGGAGGGGGGAGGAGGAAGAUGGAGACCCACAUCUCGUGCUUGUUCCCCGAGCUGCUGGCCAUGAUCUUCGGCUACCUGGACGUCCGGGAUAAGGGGCGCGCGGCGCAGGUGUGCACGGCCUGGCGGGACGCCGCCUACCACAAGUCGGUGUGGCGGGGGGUGGAGGCCAAGCUGCACCUGCGCCGGGCCAACCCGUCGCUGUUCCCCAGCCUGCAGGCCCGGGGUAUCCGCCGUGUGCAGAUCCUGAGCCUCCGCCGCAGCCUCAGCUACGUGAUCCAGGGCAUGGCCAACAUCGAGAGCCUCAACCUAAGCGGCUGCUACAACCUCACUGACAACGGGCUGGGCCACGCGUUUGUGCAGGAGAUCGGCUCCCUGCGUGCCCUGAACCUGAGUCUCUGCAAGCAGAUCACCGACAGCAGCCUGGGCCGCAUAGCCCAGUACCUCAAGGGCCUGGAGGUGCUGGAGCUGGGGGGUUGCAGCAACAUCACCAACACCGGCCUCCUGCUCAUCGCCUGGGGCCUGCAGCGCCUCAAGAGCCUUAAUCUCCGCAGCUGCCGCCACCUCUCGGACGUGGGUAUAGGGCACCUGGCCGGCAUGACGCGCAGCGCCGCCGAGGGCUGCCUGGGCCUGGAGCAGCUUACGCUGCAGGACUGCCAGAAGCUGACUGACCUUUCUCUAAAGCACAUCUCCCGGGGGCUGACGGGCCUGAGGCUCCUCAACCUCAGUUUCUGCGGGGGCAUCUCGGACGCGGGCCUCCUGCACCUGUCGCACAUGGGCAGCCUACGCAGCCUUAACCUGCGCUCCUGCGACAACAUCAGUGACACUGGCAUCAUGCAUCUGGCCAUGGGCAGCCUUCGCCUCUCGGGGCUGGAUGUGUCGUUCUGUGACAAGGUGGGGGACCAGAGUCUGGCCUACAUAGCUCAGGGCCUGGACGGCCUCAAGUCCCUGUCCCUCUGCUCCUGCCACAUAAGCGACGAUGGCAUCAACCGCAUGGUGCGGCAGAUGCAUGGGCUGCGCACGCUCAACAUCGGACAGUGUGUGCGCAUCACAGACAAGGGCCUGGAGCUGAUCGCGGAGCACCUGAGCCAGCUCACUGGCAUAGACCUGUAUGGCUGCACCCGAAUCACCAAGCGCGGCCUGGAGCGCAUCACGCAGCUGCCCUGCCUCAAGGUACUCAACCUAGGACUCUGGCAGAUGACGGACAGUGAGAAGGUCAGAAUCCUCCACAGCAACCUGCGAGACCAUGGAGUUAAAGAAACCCAGAGACCUUUAUCAAUUAAUUGUACUGUUUGUGAAUUUGUAUAAAUAAUAACAAAGAUCCUCUUAAAACGUUUAUAUUCUUACAGUAAAAGGUUAAACUGAUAUUUAUAUAAUAAAAGAGGAAAUAUGAAGUAUGUUUUUGAAAAAAAAAAACAAAAACAAAAAACCUUGUAUCUGUGAAUUAUUUUGAAGGCAGUGUGUGUUUGGGCCCACGCCAAAGUAGGAGGUGCUGUUUGUGUACUCUAAGAGGAAAUAAGGUAUAGGGUUUGGUGCAUCCUAUGUGGUGUGAGUAAGCUCACGGUUAAACAUUUAUUCUGUAUGAGGUUUACCACUGACACCUAAAUGUUUUGUUUCUAGAAAUGUGACUGGACUGGAGAUUGGUAUAAUUCUUGGUUUUAAACUGUCAACAACAUGGAAAUUUUAAAAAGCUGAACAAAAUGGAACUUUUUAAAAACGUGAUCUGUAAGAGUCACGGUUUCCCCAGGGUGGAAAUGAGAUCGAGGGGUCCUGUUGAAAAAUGGCUCAUGGGAUGUGGAAGUGGGGGAGAAAGAGGGGUUUCUUUCCACUCUGAGUGGGUGUGGGGAGGAUGUGAAAUGGUGAAGGGUGGAGGGAACUGAAGCCAUUGUUCAGAAAGUUAAAAGAGCGCUGUCCUUGCUCGCUCUCUCUCUUGCUCACUCAUGCAUGCUGAAUCUCACAGUGUGAGUGAGGGUCCUAGUGGAGAGGAGGAAGGCAGUUCAGCCCCUCUUUUUAACAUUCUCCUCCAGGCCUGGCUGUAUUUAAGCACUUUCCUGGGGGAUGGGGAGGUUGGCCAGGAGUUCUUGCACAUUUGCAUUUUAAGCACUUCCAGCUCUGAAGCUGGCCACUCGAUCCACUGUGGUGAGGGUUCUUAGAAUUCUUCAGGGCAGAUAAAUGAAUACCAACAAUUCUAGCAAAGAGUUCCCUUUGGUAGACAUUAACUAAAUAAUCGACACCCUGUGGAAGUGGAAGGGUAUAAGUGCCCAAACAGUGGAGCAGUGCAUAUUCCUGGUUUCACAUAGGUCUUUCUCGUUGUUUCUGAGAUUUUUUUUAAACCAAAAAUACUGAUCCCAGCAAGAGCUAGUAAGAGUGGUAUAAAACUUUCCUGCAAAGACCCCUCUUUCCAGGAAGAGAGCUAGAACCCAAGUUUCUCUCGGGGUAAGGUUGUUUUGUAAAAUUUCCAAGCUUUCUGCUGGAGCCUAUCACAAAAGCUGCAUUGUUCCUUUUUGGAGAGCUAUCACAAUUGGGUCUAAUUGAGCCUGACACUAGAUCCAUCUUCCUUUUCUUUGGGGAAGGUGUGGAUCUCUUUCUUCCCUCUUAGGUUGCAAGUGCUUAUGGCCUGGGGCGGGGGGGGGGGGUGAUGUGUGAACCCUAAUAAGAAGUCUGGACUUGGAAUUAGGGUCAGCUUUCUGAUUUGGCACUAUAAUGCAUGAAGGUUCCAUAAGCUCUAAGUUCUUAGAGGAUCUUUCUUUCUCCCAGACUGCAUGACUGUACAGAUUCAGUCCAUCAAAAUUUGAGCACCUCCUAAGUCUUAGACUCUGUGCUCACAUUCUUCAUUUUAAUACACAGUCCUACCAACUAACAGGAAGUUUUCCACUUUUCUGUUUGGUUUUGUUUUUUACUUGCAAGGCUAAAUAAAUAUAAGCCUGAUUAAAGGUCGGUGGAUGAAUGUUUGAAAGUUAAGAUCAUGGGCCUACUGUCCUCAUGCUGAACUGGGUAUGCUUAAUAUAUCUGGAGUGUCUCUGGAAACGAUGAAUAAACCAUUUACUUUCA